GAGUCCGCUUCGCAGUGUAUUGACAUUUGUAUUGAUGCCGCAUCAAAUAGAAAUAGAGCAAUAUCCCGGUCGGCUUUGGCUGCGGAUAGUUUCAGUGGCAUUCAAUUGUUUGUUAUCGACCCUCAGUAUAGGCCGUACUGCCAGUCAGCGGCGCAAACGGUAGUCGGAAUCACAGUUGGCGUGGUGCCCGCAGUGUACACCAAUCGCGGAAGGUGAAAAAGUCGGGUGAUAUAAGAUCUAGUGACAGUAGUGACUUACCGGUAAGCGAUAAGAUCGAACACGUGGUCGGUGCGGUGCAGCUAGUGAUUUUUUAUACUGUUAACAAGCCAGUUUUAAUUUGUGUAUAAUCUCGUCAUGAAAUCAACCGAAGUAAGAAAAAAGUCCGGCAUCUGCAGCUACUCCUACAGCCUCCUAUUAGAAGGACAAAAAUACGCCCACUGUAGGAAAACCUCUAUCAGAGUAGCAUUUGCAACAUUCAAGUUAUUGACUCUGUUAUUUAUUGUGAUAUUCGUAAUAUUUCCAUUGUCGUAUAAAUAUUCCUAUAAGUUACAAAGCUCAGCUGUAUUUUUAAACUUCGUCCACGCCCCAUCAGAUGCUAAAUACAAAGACCCAGCUAGCUAUGGCCUCUAUGCUUCAAGAAAUUUUUACCUCACACAUGAUGGCGGCAUCACAUUGGGGGUAUGGCAAGUGCUGCCUGAGAAUCUUACUUAUUUUGGCAACGAUACAAAGGACGAUAGAUAUUUUGAAGAGUCAUUGGCUAACGGUCAAGACGUCAUCAUAUAUCACCAUGGUAAUGCUGGAACCAGGUUGACACCCCACAGGGUUGAGCUAUAUGCAGUUCUUAGAAAACAUUUCCAUGUCAUUGCAUUUGAUUACAGAAGUUAUGGUGACUCGUCCAGUGUGGAUCCAUCUGAAGAAAAGCUAGUUAUUGACAGUAUGUUUAUAUAUGAAUGGGUUCAUAACAGAACGAAAGGCAAUAUUUUCAUCUGGGGACAUUCGCUGGGCACAAGUUUAGCUAUACAUUCCUUGGCGCGCCUGCAAACAAAAGGCUUAAAACCUGCAGGGGUAUUUUUAGAAGCUCCUUUCAAUAAUAUGAAAGAAGAAAUUUCAGAGUUUCCUCUAGCUAGGUUAUUCAAAAAUCUUCCAUGGUUUACUUACACGGUCAUCGAGCCAAUGCAAGAAAAUGGGUUCCUGUUCCAAACAGACAAACACAUAUGCAAAGUGAAUGCUCCAGUUAUGAUUUUGCAUGCAGAAGAUGACCAUGUGGUACCGUUCAAGUUAGGGAAAAAGGUUCGUAUGUGUAUAAAAUAUGGCCUAAUUGAAUAUUAUGCUCUUUUAAAGUCCGAUUUUCAGUUGCAGAUUUAACCUCGCGUUGUUUAACUCUAAUUUGGAAAUUAACUGGCAGUUAUCUGUAUUUACAUAUAAACAUAUUUUUGUUUUUCAGGUUUUGUUUAAAAACCAUAAUAGCUGUUGUGACUUUGGUGUUUACAAGGUUCAGGCAAAGUUCAAGCAUUGUUUUUAUAAUACUCGAUGUUUGCAUCUCUGUCAUCAAUAGCAAAUUAUGUCUGUUGUGACAGUCGUAAAAAACCUGGUGUCAGGGCAAUUAUGAUAUACCUGGUUCCAUUUAUCUUGCAGUAAAAUUCCAUAUAGGAUACGUUUUACUAACUUUUCUGCACAUGGCAAAGCUUGUAUAGCCACUCUCAGGCAGAAAAGCUGGACAGUAUUGCCAUGUCUGCCGAAAGUAUGAUUCUCCGGAAGUGGGACAUCCUAAAACCCGACACUCAUAUCUUGAAUAUUUGUGUAAUGAAAUAAAAUACUUAAUCUUAUAUUGUAACUUGGAAAUUAUGUAUGAAAAAUAAUUUCAGACAAAUGUCCACCUCUAGAAGCCGCGCAAACCUGAGCCCUCGUGAAUACAUUUUCCAUCACUUUUUGGUAGGUUUCGGGAGGAAUAUUUUCUAUCGCUUCCGUAAUAUUAAUCUUCAGCUGCUCUAAAAUAUUUUUUUUGUUCGCAUAAACCCUAUUUUUCAAAAAUCUCCAUAAAAAAGGCAGGAGCCAUUAAAUCCGGUGACCUUGGUGGCCAGUUGAUAUCACCAAAUCAAGAAAUUGAACGUCCCGGAAAUACUGUUCGCAAAAGAUUCAUUGUUUUCCUAGCUGUGUGACAAGUUGUCCCGUCCCACUGGAACCACAUGUUUUGCAGGUUAAAUUGUUGGAUUUGAGGAGCCCGAAAGCUUUGCACCAUAUCGCGGUAGCGUUCGCCAGUGACGGUAAGAGAAUUGCCUGCAGCUUCUUCAAAGAAGUACGGUCCAGUGACUCCUCCAUACCAAACACCGCACCAGACUGUGACUCGAUGAGGAUGUAGUGGUCCUUGAUGGAUGACACGAGGGUUGUCUAAUGCCCCGGUACAACAAUUCUGCUUAUUAACAAAUCCGUUGAUAUCGAAGUAGGCUUCAUCCCUCAUUAUUAGUUGUCGGUAAAAAUCGUUAUGUUGGGUAUUAAGCUGCAAUAUUUCAUGACUGUAUUGUCGGCGACUUUCAUGGCCACUAGGUUGUAGUUCUUGGGUUAACUGAAUUUUGUAUGGCCGCAAAUGAAAGUCUUUUAUAAAAUAGUGCAUAAUGACUUGGAACCAAUACCCAGUUCUUAAGAACGAUGUCUGGUAGACGUCACAGGGCGCUCCACUACACUUUCACAGACUCUCGAUAUUUUCCGGAGUACGAACAGUUCGAACACGGCCUGACCUUGGCAAGUCUUUAACUUUACCUGAUGUUCAAAGUUCCGCACCAACUGACGAAUGGUGUUGACACUGGGCACAUUAUUUCGACCGAUAUCUUGGCGUAGCUUCCUACUUCGAAAUGGUUUUUACCUGCGUACACGCAGUGAUAAGUUGUAUUGCGUAAUGGUAUUUGUUAUAUUAUCCGACCGCUCGCUGUCGCAAAAUGUAGCAAUAGCUCAGGAUGUGUUUAUUUUAUCAUCAUCGAUGGAAAUCAGAGAUAAUUCUCAAAUAAUUAAAGCACUAAGUCGCAUCAAAAUUGAAAUAAAUAAUUCUAAUUAAAAUGAAAACAAAAUAUUAAAUUAUAUGUUCGAACAGAUUUUCUUAUGUAACAUACUGGCAUCACAAUAGAUUGCAUGACCUUCUGCGUCAGCGUUGCUAGGCAAUAUGGUGAUGACCUUCACGCUUCAGCCUGCUUCUAUCUCUUCCUAACAGGUGUUGAUGCACACUUCUCGCGCUUUUCUCUAGUACACAUUGAACUCAAGCCAUCAGACAAAUUUAGUUUUCGCUGUAUACGUUAUACAGGUAUUUACAAAGAAACAUACGUUACAUCUAUACCUUUAUUACAAAUAGGAUACUUGCAAAUGUGUAACUUAUAAAUAAAUAAAUAUCGCCCGGACGACAGUGUGCAAGCCAUAUUGAGAAACAGUGCUUUUUAUCUACAAACUGCAUUAUAAGGCAACUCAAUGGACAUGUUGAUGAAAUGUUAAAAAUAUAUCCGUUUUUCAAAUGUAUCUGUCUCACGUAAGUAGUGGCAUUGUUAUUUUCAAUAAAAUGCACAAUAAUCAAUCUAGAUAUUGUAUCAGAUUUGGUUCAUGCUUCGAGUAUAUCGCAACUCCUUCUUUUUGAUUGAAUUUUGUGCCCAUAGCUGCAAGUGUUGUGCAUGGGCUCAAAUCAAAAAAUAGACUUUUGUAGCUAAACCAGGUAAUUUAAGAAGUAUUUCUUGAUUUAAUAUGGGAUUUAGGAACCCAUUUUACACAAAUCGCAUACUUUUUAUAGUUUGAGAGAUAUGUUACAACAAUUCGACGAUAU